AUGUCUGGCUACAAGAACUUCGCUGUGGUAGGCGCCGGCAACAUCGGCGCUUCGAUCAUCGAAGAGCUACUCAAAACAAAGUCGACUGGUAAAGUUGACAAGGUCGUCGUUCUCUCGCGCCCGGAAUCGGCCGCCAAACUCGAUGCCUUCAAGGCGCGCGGCGCCACCGUCGUGCCUAUCGCAAACUACUCUUCUGUGCCGGACGUCGCCAAGGCGCUCACCGGAAUCGACGUCGUGAUCGCUACGCUCACGCACGAAGCGCUCCCUCUUCAAGUCCCCAUCGCUGAAGCAGCCAAAUCCGUCGGCGUCCAGCUCUUCGUUCCUUCUGAGUUUGGUAUGCCCACGGACAACGCGACCGAGGGCUUGCUUGCCGGCAAGAACGAGGCGAACAAAAAGAUCCAGGCGCUAGGACUUACUACGGCUUUGUUCUUCACUGGUAGCUGGACGGACUUCAUCUGGAUCCCCGCCCUCACUCUGGAUAUCAAGAGUGGGAGCGUUGGAGUGGGUGGCGAUGGCAACGCGAAGAACUCGUUCACUUCACGGUCGGAUAUCGGGCGCUUUAUGGCGUAUGUGCUCACUACGCUUCCAUGUCAGGAGUUGAAGAACAGGAUCUUUCGUAUUGAGGGCGAGCGGACGUCCUUCAACGAGAUCUUCGCGGCUUAUGAGAGAAAGCACGGCACGAAGCUUCAGAUCAAGUAUACGUCGCCCGCGGAACUCGAAGCGAAGUUCAAGGAGAACCCGCAUGAGAACUUUGGGAGCAUUUUACAUGCUGCCUUGGCGGCUGGACGUGGCGUCGUUGGAUCUCCUCUCGAUAAUGACACGUAUCCUGACUGGAACCCAAAGCCUGUGAUACAUUAUAUUUGA